AUGGCCGGUCUUUGGUGGGACCUUGCUACUGGAGGAGUGAACCAUUCAAUUCAAGGUAAUGGAGGUGAAGAAUGCAUGACGUACCUACCGAUAUGGCAACGACUAUGCGAGACGGCCCUAUUCGUUCCCUUAGCUGUACGAACGGUUCUCACUACCGUACCAAUACUCGACUGUUCAUUCACUUCAAGACCCAAGAACGAUUCCCGCUAUGCUGUCCUUACAAUAUAUAGCCUCAUUUUUGGAGCAGAACUCGCCUUUAAAAUGAUUUCAAAAACAGGUAUUUUUCUUUUGAAUCCAUGUCAUAUUACUACUGCUAUGCAACUUGUUCUUCUAACCAUGGAUGCAAACGACAGAAGAGCAUGCUUUCUAUUUCGUCUGAACAUGUACUUUAUGCCAGGGGCUUUCUUCGCACUCGCAUUUCCGAUUCUAAACACUAGAACUCUUCCCGGCGAGGUGUUCAUCUACUAUGCUCAACACCUAGCCAUCAUUCUCGUUCCGCUUUAUCUAAUGUAUUUACGAGGAGCUUUUGAGCCUGAAAAAGCAUGUGACUACACGUGGACUGCAUUUGGGUUAUGUGUCUUUCUACUCUACCACUUUAUUGUGCUUCAAGGAAUGGCGAUGUAUUCACGGGUGAAUCUCAACAACAUCAUGUGUCCGGCAGUGUCUGAUCCGUUUCAAUCACGAGCAUACCAUGCGGAUCAAUUCGAAAUGAAAAUCAAAUUAUUGUUCUCGUUGCUCUACAUCUCACUUAUAGUAGAAGUGUCAGCGGACCGAUAUGUAACUCAACUACUCGAAAACUUACUCAUGGAUUACAAUAAAAAUGUUCGACCGGUCAAGAAUGCAUCCGAUGCAUUACAAGUGAAGUUUGGAGCCAAUCUCUGCAGACUAAUAGAUGUGCAAUGGAGUGAUCGAAAACUCGUCUGGAAUCCUGAUGAAUGGGGUGGUGUUCGGCGGGUUCACAUUCCAUCCGAUCAAAUAUGGAUACCAGACAUCCUCUUAUACAAUAAUGCAGACGGUGAGCCACAUAUAACAAUUGAUAGUCUGGCGUUAGUGGAUUAUAGAGGAACUGUGCUCUGGCAACCACCUUCUAUUUAUAAGAGUUUGUGUCCGAUUAACAUCGAAUAUUUCCCCUACGAUUCACAGGAAUGCCAUUUGAAGUUCGGUGGCUGGUCAAAUGAUGGUCAGACAUUAGCCUUAGAGCAAAUACCGGUAAACAUUCAAGAUAAACCUGAACGACGAGUAGAUUCUACAGGAACCGAGUUCCUGUACCUUGAACAAGGAUUAGGACUCAGUUUCUAUCAUGAAAGUGCUGAAUGGGACCUACUUAGUGCAACAUCAUCUCGAUAUGCUCAGAUUUAUCCAGGAUGUUGUGGGCAGCAGUUCUACAUUGAUAUUCGCUACAAUAUUGUAAUACGAAGGAAAGCAAUAUUCUUUACUGUUAUGCUUACCAUACCAUGCAUGUUAAUAGCUAAUUCGACUCCAUUUGUGUUCGUAAUCCCUCCGAAUGAACACAAGAUGACAUUUUCAAUAUCUGUUUUUGUCGCAUUCACUGUCUUCUACCUAGUAUUAAUUGAGCUCAUUCCUCCAACCUCCCUUGUCCUUCCUCUGAUUGGUGAGAUUUCAAUUCUUAUUAUAGGAUGUGUUCGUAAAAGGAAUAAGCAAGCAUUCGCCUCUGAAAUGUCACCAUGGCAACGAUGGUUAUUUGUUAAAACACUACCACGACUUUUGAAAUUGAAACCUCUUGUAGAGCCUGAAAGUGCCGUCAGCAGCGUAACGACACUAGGAGGAGAUUCGGCAACUCAACUUGGAGUGAAAUCGGACGGCAAAUCUUUGUCACCCGCAUUCCGCACCCCAAGGCUUAGACUACUUAGCCUUGUGGAGAUGGAUGAGGCAAUGAAAAGGAGAAACCGUACAGAUAAUCUUGACCUUUUCCGGAAGAUCUCUGGCAGCAUCCAAAUUAUCGCUGCUAAUUUCCACAAUCGUCAAAUGGAAGAUAAGAUAACCGAUGAAUGGAGAUUGAUGUCCUUGGUUAUUGAUAGAGUAUGCCUUGUCCUAUAUAUUGUAAUGAAUUUAGUAGUUAAUGUAUUACUUUUCUACAACUCACCCACGUUAUACGACGAUCGACCAUCGCUUGGAAAAACUGCCCCAUUCUCUCCUCUUAGCGGUGAUGCCGUAAACGUUAUUCAUUCUGACUGA